AUGAUGGUUGAACCGGAUUGGAGACAGACUCAGACACUAAAAACGGCUAGAGGAUCGUAUUGUGAAAGCAGAGGAAGAGGUCUUUUCUGCAGAUCCUGUUUGAAAUAUUGGAUCGCUUCUCCUAAUUUCUCUGAUUUCAUCGCUGCUUUGAUCGCCGUCGUCAACUCCACAUUCCCUUUGAUCGGCGGUCUCUUGCUGAAAAUAGUGGUUAUGAUUAGAUGGGAAUCUGCAUUGAAGAUGGGAAUAGAUACACGAGAACUGUUCUUCUAUGAGACAUACAAUGAUGCUGGGGAUUGGCUUCCUGUCCUUAUGUGUAUUACCUUUACACCUUAUGAUUUCGGAAACGGGGAUAUUGGUCAGCUAUUCAUUGCUGGUUUCGGCUCCUCCAUGUUGUUUGAAACCAUUGUUGGAUCCCUGACUGACAACAGUGAGAGUUUCUUCAUUUCAAGUUCAAGUCCGUGUUAUUAGAGGAGAAGCUAAGCUGAGAUGGAUAUGAAGAUUUAAAGAAUUUAUAAACAUGGAUAUAUUCUACUAUUAAAUUUAUAACAUUUUGUUGAUGAAGUUUUUUUCACUAUCUGUAACAAAUUCUGAGAUAUGAGAAACGUGGAAGAACAUCAUAAGGCACG